AAUGGCCUUUAACGGCUCAGAACAGGCGGAGACACCGGAGGAGGCAGGCAGGCAAGCUGGGGAGCGCUUCUGUCACUUUACAUCUCGAUAAAUCACACAUAUGCACACAGGAUUGGACUUUUAUACUUAAUUCCGACGGAAAUCAAUGAAGGAGAGACGCUCGUGUCAAAAACUAUCUCUGAAAUCCGGCAUGGAUCCCAGUCAGAGUGUGAAGUGUAAGAUAGUGGUGGUGGGGGACAGCCAGUGCGGGAAGACUGCCCUGCUUCACGUGUUCGCCAAGGACUGUUUCCCCGAGAGCUAUGUCCCCACAGUGUUUGAAAACUACACAGCCAGUUUUGAAAUCGACACGCAGAGGAUUGAGCUCAGUUUGUGGGACACCUCAGGAUCUCCGUACUACGACAAUGUGAGGCCUCUCUCCUAUCCCGACUCUGACGCUGUCCUCAUCUGUUUCGACAUCAGCCGCCCUGAAACACUUGACAGCGUACUGAAAAAGUGGAAAGGGGAGAUCCAGGAGUUUUGUCCCAACACUAAGAUGUUGUUGGUUGGAUGCAAGUCAGACCUGCGCACCGACCUGAGCACACUGGUGGAGCUUUCCAACCACAGACAGACACCAGUCUCUUAUGACCAGGGUUCCAACAUGGCCAAGCAGAUCUCGGCGCCUUACAUCGAGUGCUCGGCUCAGCAGUCGGAGAACAGCGUCAGAGACAUUUUCCACGUGGCCACGCUGGCUUGCAUCAACAAAAACAGCAAAAAUGUCAAGCGCAGUAAGGCCACCCGCAGCAACAAGAGGAUCUCACACAUGCCAAGUAGGCCCGACCUGGCGGCUGUGGCCUCGGACCUCCGGAAGGACAAAGCCAAAAGUUGCUCAGUGAUGUGACUGAUCAGACUGAGGGGGAUUAGACUGAGAAUGAGGACAGCGCACAGUGAAAGCAGGAAGCUAUGGGGCAAGGCUCUUUCCUGCAUGCUAAAGACCCCUUAUUUGUCUAGAAAGGGGUUUUAUAAGCUUCAAUUCAUGUACACGUUACUGGAAUACUCUGCACCAGUGAAAACUCAAUACGUAGUAGCGUCCCAAUCCAUGUGGCCCCCCCCUGCCCCACCGGACGAGGAAGCUAUCUGUCAGCGAGCUACCUGCUCGGGGAAGUGACCUGCUUCCUCUGGGAGGACAGAGCGGUCAAAGCUUUCCACACCAGCAGGAAAUGAGCAGGAGGAGUGAUGUCAUUUAGGAGACGCUCAUUUGUAAAGGAUGGGUGUAAGAACAUGUGAUCUUUUGAAUGAGAGCCAAAGUCGGUGAUGGGGGGGGGGGGGGAGAAGAAAAACGAGGAGCUGCUGUUUGUGCUGGAUCAGAGACUUUUUGCUCGGAGGGCUUGUACACCAACUCCUCACUGUAGUUUGGAACUGAUUCACCCUCCUCUCCCCCGUCCCGUCCCCCCCCCCGCUCCUGUAACUGUGUAGUCUGUGUGCAGAGGACAUUAGAAGAGCAAUCUCAGUCCUGCACAAAAGAAACCUGAUGCUGUUUGUCCCCUGUCUCUGAUAUCUCGUCGGUAUAAUGUGAAGUCAUUGCUGUGUUACUGCAUCAUUGUUUAAUUUUAGCUUCAUCCUGAUGAGUUUAAACCAUUGAACAGCUAAUCCUAGGAGCGGUUCUUUGAGUUUAUAACAGCUUGUUUGUAGCAGUCAGACAGCCAUUCUGUGCCCGUUUAUUUCACCUCAACAGCUAUAGAUAAAAAGACUGAAGAUAGAUUAUCCAAACUGUUCUCCACAAUGACACGUUUGUGGACUCUGAUUCUGUAUCACUGUGGAGCUGUAAGCAAAAUGACUCAAAGCUGAAGUCAGACUCCAGGAUAUGGCCAACACUUUCUCAAGUCCUUGUGAUGAACGAAUACAAUUUGGCCCUUUUAAUUAGUGACACUGUUUUGAAAUGAAAAAUAACUUGCAUAACAAGUUUUAAAACCCUUAAUGGACCCUUAAUGGGUCGGAAAGCUUUAGUUGACCAACACACAUGGACUAAUUGUGUAAAAUGUGAAUAUCCUAAUAGGCUGACAGCCAGUUUGCGCUAUGAGUCAUUUUCCCACUGCACUUUAGGGAGGGAGUGUAAAUGAAAGCAACAACUAAAGCUUGUUUAUUAGGCUGUGAAAACACCAGAGCUCUUUGCUUUGCAUUUCCAUGAAGUGUUCAGACUCUGCUGUUUGGUAAAAUCCUCACACAGGCCCGGGCACACCAGCAACUAUUUGGAUAAUCAAAUAAUUGUCAUUUUACGCUACUUUUUAACAGUUUAUAGACAACAUGACUACUCGAGAAAAUAAUCGUCAGAUUAAUCGUUACUGAAAAUAAUCGUUAGCACUACUUCAUUGAAUGACAUGGUGUACGAUACUGAGCGGAGGGGGAGUAAACGACACAGACAAAAAAUGAAAGAGCUCACAUUAGCUCUGGGAGCUUUAGCUGUCUGGCUAGCUUGUUAGCGGUUUAGAGCUGGAAAGAUGAAUCGAUUAGUUGUCAACUAUUAAAUUAAUCACCAACAAUUUUGAUGAUCAGUUAAUCAGUUUAAGUAAACUGUAACUAUUCUCUGAUUCAGUUUUUUAAACGUGAAUAUUUUCUAGUUUCAGUUUCUUUGAGUUGGGGACAAAAACAAGACCUUUGAGGAUGUCAUCUUGGGCUUUUGGAAAACUACUGAUCUACAUGUUUCACCAUUUUCUGACAUUCUAUAGACCAAACUAAUCAAUUAAUCAUGAAAAUAAUUUUGCGAAGACUAGGAAAAUAAUUUUGCUGUUUCACUUUCUGGUGUGACCGGGCCUUCGCUUAAAUUGUAGUUUAGUUUUAUUUUCCUUACAUGGUUCAAAAUUAGGUCAUUUCAGUGUAUGGGUUCCAUUAACCUUCAUUUGAAAUACGUCAUCAUGUAAACAACAAAUGGGUGUUAAUUUGAAAGUGUCUAAAGUCUUGACAAACCGUGUUGUUUACAGUGUAAAUUUGUGUUUUCUUUCCUCUGACAGUGCAAUUAAGGAGCUGUUUAAAUAUCAAAGGCAUUGAUGCACUUUUAAUGUAACUUCCCAUAAUCUUGUUGCAAAUGCCGGUGCUGUCACAUUUGGCAGCUCAGUGGCCCAACUCUUAUCUUGAUUUUCUGACCUGUCUCUCCCCCGUGUACAGUAUCAUGUUUUCUUGAAUGUUGAUGUCCCCUUCAAAUGUCUUUGCCAAUGUUGUUGCCGCAAUAUUUAUUGAAUUAUAUUUUCCCUUUAGAAUAAAUGUAAAUGGAAUUGAA